AUGUUGAAGGUUCCUCAUCGCAACAAGCCAUCAAACCCGGUCACAAAGGCCGUGAUAUUGGUUGGUGGACCGUCUCGUGGCACCCGAUUCCGACCGUUGAGUCUGGAUAUCCCAAAGCCACUUUUUGAUGUCGCAGGGCACCCAAUUGUCUGGCACUGCCUGAAGGCGAUUUCCAAGGUCCCAGAGAUCAAGGAAGUCAUUUUCAUCGGCUAUUACGAAGAAAACGUUUUCCGGGACUUGAUCAAGGACUCCUCCAAAGAAUUCCCCAAGAUCAAGAUCCAAUAUCUCCGUGAAUAUCAGGCUCUUGGCACGGCUGGUGGUCUCUAUCACUUCCGAGAUGCCAUCCUCAAGGGAAAGCCCGAUAGAUUCUUUGUCCUGAACUCGGAUGUCUGUUGUUCAUUCCCUCUGAGCAACAUGCUCGACCUCUUCGACACCAAAGACGCAGAUGCUCUCAUUCUCGGUACACGGGUCAGCAAUGAUGCGGCCAAUCAAUUUGGUUGUAUUGUUCCCGACCCUCACACUAACCGUGUGUUGCAUUAUGUGGAAAAGCCCGAGAGUCACAUUUCAAACCUGAUCAAUUGUGGUGUCUAUCUCUUCGCUACUGAUGCCAUCUUCCCAUCCAUCAAGAGCGCCAUCAAGCGCCGCACCGAACGACCACGUAUGAUUUCAUACCCUUCAUCCGAGAAUCUUGAGUCUUCCUUCGUUGCAGAUUCUGAUGAGGAUGGUGGAAAGAACGAAAUUAUCCGUCUAGAACAGGACAUCCUCUCCGACCUGGCCGACACCAACCGCUUUUACGUAUACGAGACCAAAGACUUUUGGCGACAAAUCAAGACCGCUGGAUCUGCAGUGCCAGCCAACGCCCUCUACCUGGCAAAGGCCUUCCAACAACAGUCAGAAGAACUUGCGAAGCCAUCUGCUACCAUCGUGCCACCAGUCUUCAUCCACCCCACGGCGACCGUCGACCCUACCGCGAAGCUUGGUCCCAACGUCUCCAUUGGUCCGAAGGUAGUGAUCGGAGCUGGUGCUCGAAUCAAGGAGUCUAUCGUCCUCGACGAAGCCGAGAUCAAGCACGACGCCUGUGUUCUCUACGCCAUUGUGGGCUGGAACAGCCGUGUCGGUGCAUGGGCCAGAGUCGAAGGAACCCCUCUUCCCGUCACCACACACAACACCAGUGUCAUCAAGAACGGAGUCAAGGUUCAGAGUAUCACCAUUUUGGGCAAGGAGGUCGGUGUCAGUGAUGAAGUUCGUGUUCAGAACUGUAUCUGCCUCCCAUACAAGGAGUUGAAGCGUGAUGUCACUAACGAAGUCAUCAUGUAA